GAGAAAAAUGUGUUCGCCGACAAGAAAAAAGCAGAGAACCAUGAGUACAGCGGAGAUGGGAGCUGCCUAUGAUUCUUAUCUUAAGAAACAUCCCUUGAAGCAAAGCAAUGUUGAACCUGGACAAAACAACACUCCUCCUAAUAGUGUUGAUGUGGAUGCUGUCUGUGCUUCUUAUCUUGAGAAACAUCCCUUGAAUCAAAGCAUUGUUAGUUCUGGACAAAACAACACUCCUCGUAAUAGUGUUGAUGUGUUUCCAGGAAAUCAUCAAACCUCUGUACGUCUCCGAGAGAGGAGCAGGACCAGGACCCUUAGUAUUGAAGAUGACAUCCGAAAGGCUCUGUUCGAGAGAUAUCCAGGGAUCGGCAGAAGAUUUUCUCAGGGAAACCAAUCAGAAAACGAGAUCUGGUUAUCUCCCGUGGUGAAAAUAAUUGAAACUCUCAUCAGCCCAGCCACUAUUGAAAACAUCAGUUUUGCUCACUCGAUGAUUGAACACAUUCAGUCUUCCUUUCCCGGUCUCAAUUUGGGCUGGCUGUCAAAAGCCGUUGUUGACAUCAUGAAAUCAAAGAAGGACUUGUCUGAUCUUACAGAACAAUGGGAGAGAGUGAUGGAGCAGUCGAAGAAUCUGCAGAAGGAAGCUGAAGAGAUCAGAGAAAAGAUGGAGAGGAAGAAAUCUUAUCGUCUCACCAUUUCACGAGGAGGCAAACCAACCUCUGAAAAAGAUUCAGCUGAGAGGAAGAAAGUAAGAGUGCUUCUAGAUGUUGGUUGUGGUGUGGCUAGCUUUGGUGGGACUUUACUUGAUAAAAACGUUAUCACAAUGUCAUUUGCUCCUAAAGACGAACACGAAGCUCAGAUUCAAUUCGCACUAGAACGAGGAAUUCCUGCUACUCUCGCUGUUAUUGGAAUUCAAAAGCUUCCUUUUACUGACGUUAUCCAUUGCGCUAGAUGCAGAGUCCAUUGGCAUGGAUACGGUGGUAGACCUCUUUUGGAACUUAACCGGGUUCUAAGGCCUGGAGGGUUUUUUGUUUGGUCAGCUACACCGGUUUAUCAACACGAUGAAGGGCACCGUAAUGUUUGGAAAACAAUGGAGUCUUUGACUACAUCGAUGUGUUGGAAAGUUGUGGCUAGAACUCGAUUCAGUAAAGUUGGAUUCGUUAUUUACCAGAAACCAGACUCAGAUUCUUGUUAUGAAUCUCGUAAAGACAAGGAUCCGCCUUUCUGCAUCGAAGAGACCAAGAAGAACAGUUCAUGAUUGUGGCGAGCUCAAGAACCCAAGUUCAUAAGUUUUAAACACAUUGGCUUGAUCUUGACAGGUUCUAUCAUAUGCUCUGAAGCAGAGACAGCAUCAGAGAUGGUUAAGGUCAAUCUAAUCUGUGAUGCAAAACGCUACUUAGUUUUCAUCUUCCACGACUCGUGUUAUUCCGAUGAAGCUGGAAACUAUAGAUUUAUGAAAGAUGCAACAACAGCACCAAAGUUAUCUCACUUCGACUACAUAAUCAUCGGAGGAGGAGCCGCUGGAUGUGCAUUAGCCGCAACGCUCUCUCAAAACGCAACCGUUUUAGUCCUCGAACGCGGCGGUUCCCCUUAUGACAACCCAACCGCCUCAGACAUAAACAACUUCGCGAACACACUCUUGGACAUAACUCCAAACUCAUGGUCGCAGCUAUUCAUCUCCGAAGACGGCGUUUUCAACUCACGCGCUCGUGUACUUGGUGGAGGCACGGUCAUAAACGCAGGAUUCUACUCACGUGCGGAAGAAGAUUUCGUGGCGGAGGCAGGAUGGGAGAGAGAUGAGGUCGAAGCGGCUUACGAGUGGGUCGAGAAGAAAGUGGUUUUUGAACCACCGGUUAAGGGAUGGCAAUCGGCGUUUAGAGAUGGACUUUUGGAAGCUGGUGUGAGUCCGUACAAUGGUUUCACGUACGAACAUAUCGUUGGGACGAAGUUUGGUGGUACGAUAUUUGACCCGGAUGGUCAUAGACACACGGCGGCGAAUUUGUUGGAGUAUGCUAAUCCGAACACGAUUGUUGUCUACUUGCAUGCUUCUGUCCAUAAGAUCCUCUUCACUAUUACAGGUAACCAGAGGCCCAAAGCAUAUGGGGUGAUAUUUCAGGAUGCCAAUGGAGUGUCCUACAAGGCAGAAUUGGCAACGCAAGACUCAAUAAUGAGUGAGGUGAUCUUAUCGGCAGGUGCCAUCGCGAGCCCGCAACUAUUGAUGCUAAAUGGCGUGGGACCUGCGGCUCAUCUUGCAGCCUAUGGGGGGAAUCCGGUCAUCGUAGAUCAACCCAUGGUGGGGCAAGGGAUGGCUGAUAACCCGAUGAAUCCGGUUUUCAUCCCUUCUCCUGAGCCCGUAGAAGUGUCACUUGUACAAGCCGUUGGAAUCACCAAGUUUGGGAGUUACAUUGAAGGUGGAAGUGCCUUAAGUGUCUCUAUUAGUUUGACCCGUAGCUUCUUCGAUGGUGUUUUGAAGCUUCUUAAAAAGACAAAAUUCCCUACUCAAUCCAUCUCAAAGUUUUUCAAAUCUUUGGAUCUUACCUUGGAUGUGACAACAAAAGCUGGUGUGAUGAUCCAAAAAGCGAAUGGACCGCUCUCGAGAGGUCAUUUGGAGUUGCGGAACACGAAUAUAGAUGAUAACCCUUCAGUGACAUUCAACUACUAUAAGGAUCCAGAGGAUUUGAACAAGUGUGUUGAAGGACUUAGUACCAUUAUUAAAGUGAUAGAUUCGAAGGGAUACUCCAAGUACAAGUACCCUGCAACGAGUGCGCGUGGACUACUAAAUCUCAUUCUUGCCCUUCCCACCAAUCUGAGGCCAAGACACAUAACUUCAACGUUCGACUUGCAGCAGUAUUGUAUCGAUACCGUGAUGACUAUUUAUCAUUACCAUGGAGGUUGUCAAGUUGGAAAAGUGGUCGACAAGAAUUACAAAGUAUUAGGGAUUGAUGCUUUGAGGGUCAUCGAUGGAUCCACGUUUCUCAAGUCUCCAGGGACUAAUCCUCAAGCCACGAUCAUGAUGCUCGGAAGGUAUAUGGGGCAGAAGAUUCUUCGAGAGAGGAUGGCUUUCCAAAGAAAACAAGAAGAAACAUGAGAUUUCUAAGUAUCCUAGCUAAAAUAUCUUGUUGUUUGGGUAUUGUUGCUCCCAUGAAAGAUGAGACAAUCCUCUUCGCCGUCCAAACAAAGGAAACUCUGAAGACAUAAUCAUUAUAGUGUAUAUCACAUGUUUCAUGCAUCUCGCAAGUGGGUUUUCUGUUGUACUAAAGUUAUUUUAAAUCA